AUGGCGACUUCAGGAGGAGGCGGUGAUGCUGGAAAGGCAGCCCUUAAGAAGAGGGAUUUAUUAUCCGAGGCGCAAGCCAAGAUGGAAGCACUCAACCUGCAACCAGCGGAGCCGAUUAUGGCCAAAAAUGCCCCCGCAGGCACAUUAGGAAAACCUUUCCCUGUACAAACCAACGCAUUCGGUGUGAAAUUGGAAAAGCCAAUGGCUUUCUGGCGAUAUGACAUAUCUAUCUAUGCUGAAAUCAGGGCCGGGAGGAAACCUGUGUUCUUUACGAAGAAAGGUCGCGACGACUACCUGAUCAUGAAUCGCAACUACAAGUGCAAGCUUAUUUUUGAUGCCGUUGUAAGAAUGAACGCAAAUUUUUUCGAUGAUCCGAGCCAGUUGUGGUAUGACGGUCAGAGCAUACUGUUUUCGGGGAAAGACCUGUUCAGAGGUCGUGACAGUAUGUCCCUAACGGAGAAAGUAAUGUUGGAAAAGACUGCCAAUUCGGAUCUCUCCCAGAAUGAUCGCUCUGUUACGCAAUUUAUGGAGCUCAUUUUCAAUCAAAUGGCUGUUACGAACCCUCAAGAACAUGCAGUAUUCGAAAACGGGAAGGUAUUCAUGUGUCAUCCGUGGUUGUUUGGCUUUACUGAGAGAGACUGCCCAGAUGUUGGUGGUGGAAAGCGACUCUUCCCUGGUACACAGAAGAGUGUCCGCUUCAUAGAAGGGCCUCUGGGACGUAAUUAUAACAAUCCGGCCCUUAUCAUUGACGCCAAAAAAGCUGCGUUUCAUGAGGAUAUACCUUUGAUUGAGAAAGCAAAACUCAUUCUCGAUGAUAAUCUGGAGGGCAGACUCACAGAUAUGCAACUGGAGCGGCUGAACUCUAGUCUAAGAGGCUUAUUCUUCUACACAAAACACAUGGGACCCGAGUGUGAUCAUCAAAUUACUGGUGUAACAAGGCACACUGCCAUAGAGACAACAUUCGAAGACCGCGAUGGACGGAGGAUUUCCGUAUUUGAUUAUUUCGAGGAGAAAUACGGUAGAAGGCUGAAGAGUGAGCUAUUCGGUUUUAGUUCGCGUGCCAACGGAGUUAAGAGCAAGUCUGUUCGCUGUGGACGCUGGUUUGCAGAGGGCUGA